AUGAAGGUCAAGAUAGGGGGCAGAGGGGCGUACCCAUACAUCCGAAACGAUCCCCCAGAAGCAGGGAGCAAGGGGUUCGACGAGUGGGAGGAGAACGAUCUCGUUGUGUUCUCGUGGAUCGUCGACAACAUUGAAAAUGAAAUAGUCGCCGAUUUCGCGCAUCAUCUGACAUCAAAGGCUUUAUGGGACAAUCUUGCGGUCACGUUUGAGAACAAGGCGGAUCGUUACCUCAUCUACGACCUGGAAGAAAAAGCAAUCAACAUCAAACAGGGCAGUCUCAAUCUAGAGACAUAUUACCGGAGGAUUCACGGAUUGUGGAUCAACAUAGAUCAAUAUGACUCGAUCCGGCGGGACAUUUUGAAGGAGGACCCACCCCCAUCAGUGGAAACGGCAUAUGGGAGGGUGAAGACGGAGGCGGCUCGACGAAGCAUCAUGCCACCGACGUCGCCCUCACCCACCGGAGAAGCCAACGGCGGUAACGCCGAUUCGUCAUUUGGGGGGGAAAUCGGUCACGGACUCGCAACCAUCGGGCAAGAGUGGUGGGAAGAACGGCAGAGAGCGAGGUCGGCACAGGCGAAACUGGCUGUAGGGGUGAAUGAAGAUGGAACCCCGCGGCGGGCUGACACCGGAGUUCAGGGGGAAUUAAACGGACCAGUGACGGGAACGCGUCAGGAGAAUCAAUCCACCGGCGGUAAUAUCAGGGGUGCCGGCAAUUUCGCCGAGAGGGCAGGAGGUUCAGGCGGCGUGACGGCGUAUGGAGAUAGAAAUGACUUUAUUAUGUUUAAUGAUGUCACGAAAUUAUAUAUUAAGACUGCAAAUGGGGAAUUGAUUACUGUUGAGGGAUCUGACACUAUUGAAAUUUCACCUACACUCCGACUCACGAAUUGUUUAUAUGUCCCAACUCUGUCUCAGAGACUGAUGCCUAUUAGUCAUGAUAUUCAGACGAGGAGGAUUCUUGGACGUGGCACUGAGAAACAAGGACUCUACUACGUGGACGAGAUAGCUCAACACGGCAGUGCAAUGCUGGCUCACGGAUCCACGAAACAGGAAACUUGGCUCUGGCACCGAAGACUAGGACACCCUUCUCCUGUCAAGGGGAGAGAGGUCCAGAUAAUUCUAAUUCCGGACUAUCUAAGUUGGGUUGUGCCAUUGCCAAGCUCCUCGAUUGAGGAUCCAACAGAUCCAGUGGUAGUCACUGCUACCGAGCAGGUCUCGCCGACGAUUGAGCCGCCGCCUCAUCCGCCCCUAAGUAAUCAGCCUCCGACGAUAUCCGAGGUAAUUUCUGAACCAAACACUGUUGAAAGUUCAGUUAUCCCUGACCCAGUUGAUACAGAACCCCGAGAGGAAAACAACGCCUUGGAUGGAGACACCGGAAAAUACGUGCUUCCUUACAGAAGAACAAGAGGAAUUCCACCAAAAAGGUACUCCCCUGAGAAGAUAGGGAAGAAAAGCCGCUAUGGAGUGGCAAACUUUGUGCAAGGGAAUCUCACCAAAAUGGCGCGAGCCUUUGAGGUUGCACUAUACGAAGAAGAAGAAAUCCCACAAUCAGCCGAGGAGGCAAUGAAACAUAAGAAUUGGAGGGAAGCCAUGCUCACUGAGAUGAGAGCACUCAUGAAAAACAACACGUGGGUUAAGAGCAAGCUACCAGGGGGAGUCAAGACAGUCGGGUGUAGGUGGGUGUUCACAAUAAAAAGAAGACCAGAUGGAACAGUAGAGAGGUAUAAGGCACGGUUUGUGGCGAAAGGAUAUACCCAGACAUAUGGCGUGGAUUAUGCUGAAACGUUCUCACCUGUUGCUAAGAUUAAUACCGUGAGAGUGUUGUUCUCAAUUGCUGCUAAUAAGGAUUGGCCACUUCAUCAGUUUGAUGUGACUAAUGCUUUCCUACACGGGGAAUUGCCAAAACCAGUAUUCAUGGAACCACCGUCAGGGUUCACGGGGGAGUUCCGUGAUGGAGAAGUUUGCCAACUCAAGAAGACACUAUACGGCUUGAAACGGUCCCCGCGAGCAUGGUUUGGGAGAUUCAAGUGA